GGAAAAUAAAGAGAAUCACCCCUCUGCCUCCUCCUUCUGCCCCCCCUCCCCGGGUGUCGGAGCUGGGCAGAGCACCACAGCAAUCCAGCACCAGAGAAAUUGACAGACCAGGCAAACAGAAAGAGCUUAGAAAUCCACAUGGCAGCUGAAACCCUCUGAAAGUUCAUCAUGAUUCUCCAACAGCUAUUCAGGUUUUCCUCUGUUUUCCGCUCUGCCAUCUCAAUGCACUUGCGAAGGAACAUUGGCUUUUCUGCUAUAGUAUUUAACAAGGCAAAAGAACUUGAUCCUGUUCAGAAGCUCUUUAUAGACAAGAUCAGAGAAUACAACGUAAAGAGCCAGAAAAGUGGUGGUCCAGCUGAUGUAGGCCCUGAAUACCAGAAAGACAUGACUGAAGAAAUUUCCAAAAUUCAGCGGUUGUAUGGUGGGGGAGACCUGACAAAAUUUCCAGACUUCAAAUUUGAGGAGCCCAACUUUGAAGAAUCACAAAAAUGAUAUGGUUGAAGUCUGCAUUCCAAGCAAGGAUGUCAUCUUUCUCAUGGAGCUGUUAAAUAGACGAGCAGUUGUAAUUUAAUGUGGAAUUUCACUUUCUAAUACUUAGACUGUAUUGAGUUCAAGUCAAACAAGUACAACCUGAUCCUUGUGAAUUGCCAUUCAUAAAAUUCACUUUUGGAAACCUAA